UGAAAACAAACAUUAACGAUGGCGGCGCCGGGCGAAUACCGGCUGCUGGGCUUAAGGCAGGAGUGAUUGCUUGACCCGUAAGGGGAGCCCCGAGGAGCGCCAGUCAACGUGAGUGCGACAGCUCGCGCAGUCCUGGAAGCGAAACGCCCGGAGCCUGCGUGCCAGGAGCCUCCCGAGGCGUGAGAUAUCUGUCUGUGACCUGUGCUGUCACUGCAGCCUGGGAGCGCCGAACCCUCAGCCAGCAGGCGCGGCAGGUCGGCCCCGGACCGCGGCCUCCGGAAUGAGAGCCCCGAGCUACUCUCUGUGCCGCAGCUUCACCGAUUCCUAUAGGCAAUGGAAACUGACCUCAAUUCCCAGGACAGAAAGGACCUGGACAAGUUUAUUAAAUUUUUUGCCCUCAAGACUGUCCAAGUGAUUGUCCAGGCUCGACUCGGUGAAAAGAUUUGUACUCGUUCAUCUUCAUCCCCAACUGGUUCAGACUGGUUCAACUUAGCAAUCAAAGACAUCCCAGAGGUUACACAUGAAGCAAAGAAGGCAUUGGCAGGGCAGCUGCCUGCUGUCGGGAGGUCUAUGUGUGUGGAGAUCUCACUCAAGACUUCUGAGGGAGAUUCCAUGGAGCUGGAAAUUUGGUGUCUUGAAAUGAAUGAAAAGUGUGAUAAAGAAAUCAAAGUUUCCUAUACGGUGUACAACAGACUGUCAUUGCUGCUGAAGUCUCUUCUUGCUAUAACUAGGGUGACGCCAGCCUACAGACUCUCCAGAAAACAAGGGCAUGAAUAUGUCAUAUUGUACAGGAUAUAUUUUGGAGAAGUACAGCUGAAUGGCUUAGGAGAAGGCUUCCAGACAGUUCGUGUUGGGACAGUGGGCACCCCGGUGGGCACCAUCACUCUUUCUUGUGCUUACAGAAUUAACUUGGCAUUCAUGUCCACCAGGCAAUUUGAGAGGACCCCACCUAUCAUGGGGAUUAUCAUUGAUCACUUUGUGGACCGCCCCUAUCCCAGCUCCUCUCCCAUGCACCCCUGCAAUUACAGAACUGCUGGUGAGGACACUGGUGUAACAUAUCCAUCUGUGGAAGAUUCUCAAGAAGUGUGUACCACCUCUUUUUCCACCUCCCCUCCAUCCCAGUGUGUGUUUACUGUCACAAAGGCACAUUUUCAGACCCCUACUCCUGUGGUGAUGGACACCCUGAGGGUCCCCAUGGCAGGCCUGGCCUUUUCCCAUCAACUCUCCAGUUCUCGCCUUUCCUAUCAGCCUGCUGCUCUGGGCGUUGGAUCAGCUGACCUGGCUUAUCCAGUAGUGUUUGCUGCUGGCUUAAACCCUACACACCCUCACCAGCUAAUGGUUCCUGGGAAGGAAGGUGGGGUACCCCUUGCUCCCAACCAGCCUGCCCAUGGUGCCCAGGCUGACCAGGAGAGAUUGGCAACCUACACCCCUUCUGACGGCACCCACUGUGCUGUCACACCUUCCAGCAGUGAGGAUACUGAAACUGUAUCAAAUAGCAGUGAGGGACGGGCCUCCCCCCAUGAUGUCUUGGAAACCAUCUUUGUCCGGAAAGUGGGGGCUUUUGUCAACAAACCCAUCAACCAGGUGACCCUGACGAGUUUGGACAUACCCUUUGCCAUGUUUGCUCCCAAGAAUCUGGAGCUGGAGGAUACUGAUCCCAUGGUGAAUCCUCCAGACUCCCCAGAGACUGAGUCUCCUCUCCAAGGCAGCCUGCACUCUGAUGGCUCCAGCGGGGGUAGCAGUGCCAAUACCCAUGACGACUUUGUUAUGAUCGACUUUAAACCAGCUUUUUCUAAAGACGACAUUCUUCCAAUGGACUUGGGGACCUUCUAUCGUGAAUUUCAGAACCCCCCUCAGUUGAGCAGCCUCUCUAUAGAUAUUGGAGCACAGUCCAUGGCUGAAGACUUGGACUCAUUACCAGAGAAGCUGGCUGUGCACGAGAAGAAUGUCCGAGAAUUUGAUGCCUUUGUAGAAACCCUGCAGUAAAAGAGUCCUCGAGUACCAGCAGCAUCCCCUUUUUGUGGCCCCAGGGGACAGAGAGCCUCCCACUCAUCAGCUGCUCCAUCCCUUAUCCUGCUCCAAGCUAGAUAGAGGGGAGGAUGGUUCCCCUCAUGGGGACCCAGAGUCCCUGCUCUUGGACCUCCCAGAGAUUCCGUGGCAGCACUCAAGCCCAGUAACAGCGUUUGAGAGGACUCACCCUCUGGCCUGGGAGAUGAGUCCUUGUAACAAAAGGGCCCUCAGCAGGGCCAUCUGUGUGCCCCGGCCAUCAUCAGCUGCUUCACAGAGGGUGUCAUCCCACUUCUCCUGCUGCCAGCCUCCUGCCUGGGGCUGCCCUGCACCUGGCCCCUGGCCUUCCUGCCGUUACCAUCACCAUUUGACAUUCCAGCUGGUGGCCCAGAAACUGGUGCAGAGGCGGAAAGAGGAAGGACAGUGCUGGGAGGAAGAAGGAGGAAGUCCUUUAGGCUCUCUUGGUUGUCUCCUUUACUUCCUGCUAUUUCUUCCUCUUUCUCUCUCUCUCUCUCUGCCUCCUGUGCCUGUACUUUGGCAAUAUGAUAGGCCCGCCUGCCCAAGAUGAUAACUCCAAAGCCAGCCAUUCUCACCCUUGAAGGUUGUGCCAGCCCUUACCAGAGGAUCUGAGCGGCCCUGGUGGCUGCCUGUGCUCAGCCACAUGGACAAUAAAGACAGAAUCCUGCAUCUCUAGGAUUCUGUCAUUGGGAAUCACAGCAAAGGUUCUCUUUCUUCCCUCCCCCCAUUGCUGCUCUUCAGUUAUAGAACACGGUAAAUAUUUAUUACUCUCAGAAAAAUCAGCUAUUUUAUAGAGAAAAUAUGAUUGAGGUUAUAUGUUUUCACUUGGGGAAGGUGGAGGGCCUCUUUCUGGGACAGGGGCUCCUCCUGUGGAGGUUCCUUAGAAUCCAGGUUGCUGCUCUGAGGAGCUUCCUUCCCAUUAUAUGUAUAAGGCGGGAUCAAAGAAUAGGGCUGGCAGAGGGCAAAGUAACCUCCUGGAAUUGCUGUAUUUGAACUGACAACAGGCUUUACCUUGGACACCUACAUAGUCCUGGUGAGAGCCUUAAGUCUCUCACAGCGUCUGCAGAGUGACUUCCUUUCUGGCAGCUCAGGAAGUCUUGGCUGCUAAAUAUGAUGCCUCCUUAGAGUUGCACCGCAUGUAGUGCCCAAGGGGCACUGUGUGCACCCCUGUUGCUGGAGUACUUGUUCUUGAUCCUUGGGACUGGAUUUUGGAACUUUUCUUCCUUCUGCUUAGGCCUGGCUACCACCUCCCUCUAAUCCCAGGGUCUGUACAGUGCUCUGAGGUUUACGAGCUGGGUUGGUUCCUUGGUGAGAAACCAAAGCUGAGCAUAUGAUUGACUGAACCCUUCAGGUAUUGUUACUUGACUAAGGCAAGUGCCUAGUCUCACCUACCUACCAUCUGUCCUCUCCCAGCCUAACUGGUAGCCCUGGCCAAGGAGAACUAGGCCUCACUGGCAGCAGCUGUUCUUCAGUGGAGCAGGUGGCUCUCCAUUGCUAGUUAGUAAACUGCAUGUGACACUGUUCCCCCUGCAGGGCUGACCCGUGAGGGCUGGAGCAGGCUCUGGAGGGGAGCCAUACCCCUGUGCAUGCUUCUGCUGCCACAGAGAAGUGCUCCCAGUGGUGGCCAAUCGGCCUUCCUGUCUUUGGGCCAGAGCUCAUCCUUGGCCUGCUGAACCAAUCAGAUUUACCCCCAAGGCCCCAGUGCUGAGAAGGGGGAAGGCCCCUGCUAGGUUAUUGAUGCCACUAUCUCAGCCACUGCCCUCUUUCCAAGGCCUUGCAUGGAAAGGCCUGUUAGCUAUUAUCCAAAACAGUCCUCUUUGACUCCCUUAUUGUUAGCCUCUGUAGGCAGCAGCCUUUCUCUAGGAGCCCAUCCCUGAAGAGACCAGACAGGCUGAGCCCUGACCUUGAGCUGAGCCUGGGAGGAACAGAGCAACUGUCAAGGCCGGCCCUUGCCCCUCUGCCCUGUAUUAUAAAAGGUAUGAGCCCUAGGCUGACUCCUGCAGCACCCUGGAGACAGGCUGGGACCAGUCAUCUGUCUCCAGGUGCAGAGUAUCUUCUCCUCCAACGUACUUUGUUUGGAAAUACUGAGCUAUACUUCAAUAUGUAUUCGAGAGAUUUCCAAUAAAUUUUUUUCUGUACUUUA